GCCCUUCCCACUUGCUCUCAUCUUGAUUGUUCCCAAAACCAGUCUUUCACCAUGUCACAAGCGAAGAAUCUCGAUCCAUACACUGCCAAAGCCGAAAAUCCCAACCUCACUCCUCAGGAAAAGAUCAAUGGCAUCCUUCACGAUAAAUCGUCACCAGGCUUGAACGAAAUCAUCCACAAUGUCCAGACGGCCAUGAUGACUACCAGGUCCAAAGAUGGUCAACUUCACUCUCGUGCAAUGAACCCAGCCUCUCGUCCCAGCGACACCGGCUUAGCGUUUGUGUUUUUGGCCAACAAUGUGUCCCACAAAUUUGAGGAACUCGAUAACGAUUCCCAUGUCAACGUUAGCUUUCUCGACCCUUCCACCUCCGCCUGGGUUUCUGUGUGUGGCAAGGCACGGGUUUCCAAUGAUCGCAACGAGAUCAAGAAGUACUGGACAUCUUCGACGUCUGCCUGGUUUGGGGACCUUAAGGACGGUGUUCACACCGGCGACGAGAAUGACCCCAGGAUUUCCUUAAUCGAGGUCGUUCCCGAUGAAAUCCGCUACUGGUAUGUCACCAAGGGAAAGAUUGGCCGGGCCAUUGAAAUCGGCGUUGGUGCUGCUACGGGGAAGACGGCUGCCCCUGGAGAGCUGCGAACCAUAACCAAAGGCGAGAUUCAGUUGGUCCAAGGCUUACACAAGAAUUAAGCUUCCGGCAUAUAUCGAUUCUUUGAAGUUUUCGCCUCUGUUCCAUCCGAAAUAAGAUAGCGGUGCAUGUACAACGUAUAUGGACAACAAGAAGUUAUACUGAAUGCAUUUUGGGCCCAUUUACCCA